GCAGCUAGGCUGGUCAAACUUUUAUAAGUGGAACAGGGCGAACAUAAACCCAUCGUCCACUUCUUUUCCCGAUCUCCGAAACCACACCACAGCCCCUUCCUCCCCGCUUCACAGCCGACAGGCGCCAUCUUCUGCUUCAUUUGGCGGUGUGACCAGCGUCACCAUUUUAAUCAAAGCAGCAGCAGGCUGCAGGUCGACGGGAAGGAAAUCGCAGCCACCCGUUUACAUCGUAUUAUACAGUGAGUGUUACCCGGCAUACUUAGUCGCUGAGACUUGAAAGACUCGUUCUCUUUUUUCGUUUUCCCUGUUUUUUUAAGGGCCUUUCGUGUUCUGCCAACUAUAAAUGGCUUUAGCCAUAAUAGAUGUUAAACCCUACAGGCAUAAGCAGAUGUCUUUAGACGAGAUGAGAGAAGAGAAAGAAAAAGAAAAAAUCACGGAGAAGAAGAAGAAGCAGCAGAAGCAGAAGCAGAAACAGAAGCUUAAGAAUCCAGAAGAAAAACAAAAUAAAAGCGAAGAGAAUAUCACAGUGGAGGAGAAGGAUACUAAAGAGAAAACUCAAGCCCAAAUUAACAGCAAGAAGAGGAAACGCAAAGACGUUUUCGCCUUCGGCAACUACAGAAGCUACUAUGGCUAUCGCAUUGGUCAAGGCAUGGACGAGGACCCUCGCCUUAAGGUUUUCAAGCGGGAGUGGUUUCAAGGCAAGGAUUGUCUCGACAUUGGCUGCAAUAGUGGCAUUAUCACUAUCCAGAUUGCAAAAAAGUUUCAUUGCCACAGAAUUCUUGGGAUUGACAUCGACUCUGAUCGAAUUUCAGAUGCAUAUUGGCACUUGAGAAAAUUUGUGAGAGCAGAACGGGUUCAGAAGAGUGGUGCAAAGGCUUCGAUUGUGAAGGUUACAGAGAAGGUAAAUGAUCUAGAGAGCUGUGCAAAUCCAUCAUCAGAUGAGAAACAGGAGAUUGCGAGGGACAGUUCACAUUCUGAGGAAGGAGAUCUAUUUGAUAUAGUUUCUUUCCGAAAAGAGAAUUUUGUUCAGAGUUGGUGUCAGCGAGAGGAGCAGUAUGAUACAAUUCUUUGCUUGAGUGUGACAAAGUGGAUUCAUUUGAACUGGGGUGAUGAUGGACUAAUAACUUUAUUUUCAAAAAUAUGGAGGCUUCUUCGUCCGGGUGGCAUUCUAGUGCUGGAACCUCAACCUUGGCGAUCAUAUGAAAAUAAUCAUCUUGUAUCUGAGACAACAUCAAAAAAUUAUCAGACCAUCAUAUUCCGUCCCAAUUGUUUCAUGGAAAUUCUUUUAGACAAGAUCGGAUUUAGAAAGGUUGAGGACAUCACUUCAGCCUUGUCAGGCAGCAAAGUCGGAUUUGAUAGGCCAAUUUUUGCAUACCACAAAUGAGUAAAUCCAGUGAAGGCUGCACUGUAUUGUAUUUAGCCGCCAUUCACCUAAAAUAUUCCAACCGGUCUUCUUUCACCAUAGAUCUGAGAAUUACUGGUAACAUUGGGAUUCAUUAAUUUUAUGUUAUUGCUCUAAUAUGGUGUGAGGUAAGAAAUUUUACAUUGGUAGCGGGUAUGUUGCACAACUCGCUGCGGGUUCACAUUCGUGCAAUAUGGGCGGAAGAUUCAUGUUUUACAAGCUGAAUAGAAAAUCGCUUAUAUUUGAGGAGAA